AUGACGACGAAUCUCAUUCAAGCGAGAAUUGAUCAGAUUUUGAAGUUUAUGACGCCAGCAAAGCUUAAAUUCGUCAAUUGUCACAUGGUGAACUACUUAACGGAUGAUCAUUGGACAAAUUUUAUUCCGAAAUCGAUACGAGACGAAGUCAUCAACGGUGAAAAUGACAAAACUCAGGAGCUUUUGGAGAAAUUUAUGUCUUCCAAAGAAGGAUAUGACGCGGAUUUAGAUGAUUUUCCGCACACAAAAGCCUUUGUAGAAGAGACACAAAACUUUACAUUAGCUGCGAUGAAGGAAAUUUGCUUGGAUUUGACUGAAUUUCGAAAGGAAAUGACAAAAAUAGGAUUUCACAUGACAGACGAGCCUCCGUUGAAGAUCAAAGAUUUCAUGUCGGCGAAGAAAAAUCACGAAGUUGAAAUUACAGCAAGUCUUGUAAACGAUUUGUGCAAAAAUAUUGAACGAAUUUCGUCGGAAAAGCCCGUUAUCAUCGACGCUGGCGACGGAAAAGGAUAUUUGAGUAGCAUGUUGGCACUUCAAUACGGCAAAUUUGUGCUCGGCAUCGAUGCGAGCGAAAUUAACACCCAAGGCGCCGAAAAAAGGAAGCAAAAAAUGAGUCGUGCAUGGAAAACUCUCGUAAAAAAGGCAAAAAAUGAACAUAAUAACGCUUCUGAGAAGGAAAUCACAAUUGAAGGAAAUUACCGUCCCGUUACCCAAUUCAUCGAUGAACGAACGGAUUUCGUUGAAAUGGCUCAAUCCAACUUUGAACAACCUUUUGAGACGUUUUUCCUCUCGGGACUUCACACGUGCGGUAAUUUAGCGUCAAAUUCCAUCAAAAUCUACCAAAAUAACCCGAAAAUCCGAGGUCUCUGCAACAUUGGUUGUUGUUACCACUUUCUAGUCGAAGAGUUUGGCGAAGAUGUUUUCGUGAACGAACAAAAGUACACAAUGAACAAAGACAGUAUCGGCUUCCCUCUGAGCUCGUAUGUGAAAAAAACAAAAAUUUUCCUUGGAAGAAAUGCUCGAAUGCAUGCUUCGCAGUCACUUUAUCGAUUUUUUGCGGAGAAAUCGUUGCCACACCAAACGUUACAUUACCGCGCGAUGCUUCAAGUGCUGCUGGAACGAAAAUUUUCAACAGGGGAAUGCUCGAAAUGGCUCGUGGGAAAACUAAAAGCUACCAAUUUUGAGGAAUAUGUUAACCAAUCGUUCGAUAAAUUCAAGCAAGAACGCCCAACGAAAGAAUUAAUUGAAGAAAUUGAAGCGAAUUUCAAUGAAAAACUCGUUCAACUGCAACUUUUUUACAUUUUACGACUGUUUUUGGCACCAAUCACUGAAAGUCUCAUCAUUUUGGACCGUUUGUUGUUCCUUCGAGAGAAAGGAAUCGAAAAAAGUUUCAUUGUUGAGCUAUUUGAUAAAGUUGUUUCGCCGCGAUGUUAUGGAAUUGUCUCGUUAAAAAGUUGAAUAAAACACAGAAAAAAGUUGAUUUCUAAUUAUAGUUUUUCUCUUUAAUCAUAUAUAU